CGCUAUUCCUCUGAAUAGAACCUUAAUUACCUCCACAGACAUGGCCUCCAUAUCCAUAAGCGCCCCCGGCACAGGCGGGUUCAUCUACAACAAUGCCAACCUGGGCACGUCGCGGCUCUGCAUCUCCGCCGAGACCCCGGACUUCGACACACAAACUCUCCGCGCGUGGUCGGACGAGGGCUUCGAUGUGGUAUAUGCUCCGUUUAACAAUGGGGGGAAGGAGUACGAAGCUCGAUUGAAGUCUGUCAAAGAUGGUUUGGGUGUAGGGGAUAAUUAUGCAGUUGUUGCUUUUGGUGACGCCGCGUCUUAUUGUCUGGAAUAUUACCGUAAAUCUACCAACUGCAGUCGUCUCUGCGCCCUCAUCGCUUACUAUCCCACCACUAUCCCCGACACGCGAUCGCGAUUCCCGUUCUCGGUGCGAGUAUUGACCCAUCUGGCGGGAGACACGGUGGACGUGGUGACCAUUCCCACAGUGAUCGGACUGCAGGGAAAGAAACACCGCUCGACGAGACAGAUCAACCCGGGAAUCGGAACUGGGGAAAGGCUGCAAAUCGGGUGGCCGGCGUUCACGUACGAGUCGGUACAGCCUGGAUUUGCUGAACAUGAUCUAGAAGAGUAUGAUCGGUUGGCGUCGGACCUGGCGUGGAGUCGCACGUUGGGGGUGCUGCGGAAGGCGUUUGGGAAGGACCUGGAUCUGGAGGCACGAUGGGAGGACCUUAUGGAGGCACGCUUCUUUUCCAUGAACCUUUCUUCCACCAUGGAACCAUACCUAACCCAUCUUCACCCUACACUCACAUGCACGCCCACGAUGAGCGGUGCCAUCGGAACCAAUGCGCUGCGUCGUUUCUACGAGCAACACUUCCUGCGCAAGUUGCCUCCGUCCAUGCGCUUGCGCCUGAUUUCUCGGACUGCUGGAGCGGAUCGCAUUGUCGAUGAGCUUUACGCAUCGUUCGAGCAUACCCAGGAGAUCCCGUGGAUGCUUCCCGGUGUUCCUCCCACGAAUCGACGAGUAGAGGUUGUCCUGAUUAGCAUUAUGAGUCUGCGCGCCGGCAGACUGUACUCGGAGCAUAUGUACUGGGACCAGGCCAGCGUGCUGGUCCAGGUGGGACUGCUGGACCCGAAACUGGUCCCCGAGGGUGCACCGGAGGGCGUGGAUCGGCUGCCGGUUAUUGGACGCGAGGCCGCUCGAAGAAUCGUCGAGGAGGAUCCUGAGGCAGAGGGCCGGGACUACCACAAUCGGCUGAUCCGACGGGCCAGGGCCAAGAAGGGCAAGGACAAGGCUCCGGCAGAGGAGUCAGGCACAGAACUCGCCAAGAGUGAUGCCGAGAAGCCAGUGGGUGAGAGCAAGGGCAAGAAUGUCCAGCGAAAUGGACAACAGAAUGGCAAGGAUACCGACGGACUAGGCAAUGAUCACAACGGGGUAGGCCAGGAAGAGAAGGAAGGAGAGGAAGAGAAAGAUGGAAACGGAGUCGAGCACCAGAAGGGCGAAGCAAAGACCCCGAACCCGGCGGCUGCCACAGUCGAAGACACGAAAAGCGAUGAUUGAAUGCUUUUGCCGGUGAUUUUCUAUACCCUUGAUAUCCUUGCGAUCUAUAUAGUGUGCCUUGCAACGUUCGUACCAGCGCCAGUAUUCCAUAAUGACCCCUGUCUAUAGCAGUAUCAAUCCAUAUCUCUAUAUAGUAUUCAUGAACUCUACCAC